AUGAUCAAUCCUACCUACCUUGCCCAAAGGACGCGCUCGUCCGUCAACUGGAACGAUGCUCAGAAGAGAGUCCUGAAGUCCUACCGCGAGUGGGUUCGCGCUGCCCCCGAGAUACAGCAAAUGUACUCGCUCAACAUGCCCGUCUCGGCCAUCCGCACAAAGAUGAGACAAGAGUUCGAGAGACACCGCUACGUCCAGCAACUGAAGACUGUUGACGUCCUCUUGUUUAACUCUCACCAAGAAUACCAGGAAACCCUCAACUUCUGGAAGCAGCUCACUCACGUCCUCAAGUACUUCCGCGCCGAGGAAGACCCCAAGGCUGCUCUCCCCAAGAACUUCAUCCAAGGUUUUCUCGAGGGACGCAACUAG